CGGAAGUGCGUUUCAUAACUCAAGCCGCAUUGACAGACGUUGACGCCGUGUAGUUCGGCUUAGCUUGAACUUCAUGUGCCAAACUCCUGACCGCCGAGUCUUAAAAGAUCAUGAGACGGUUUGGGCGGCGGACAGCGAGGACAGGAGACAUGAACAGCUGUGCGAAAGUUAGCCACGUUUUAAGGGAAAUUACCACCAAAACUCGUUCAAUUCUUUUCCACUGAGGUCGAGUCUAGCUAGUAGGACGGACCGAACAAGACACAACUUCUGUCCGAGCGCCCAGCCGUAACCGGAGCGGGGAGACGACGACCGAGCAGCAGGGUUUUCAUUCCACACACACCGGGAGGAGUGCUUAUUUAUUCACUGAGCCGCAAUGCUCCGCCUUUGCCUCCAGAGAGCCGUCCGCCCGGCUGGACAGAAGUUAGCGCCGGGACUGGGGCAGGCAGCGCCGGCGCCGAGGCUGCCGGGGAUCGGCCGACACACACCGAGCUGCAGCAUGGGAACACAUGGGAGGAACGAGCCGAGGGAGCCGCUCAACUCACCCAAGAGAGCCAAAGAGUUUAUCUACCGCCUCCAUCCGAAGGAGAGGACGUGUUUACUGAAGGAGCUGCAGAGUUUCGAGUCCAUAGCCAUCGCUCAAGAGACCCUGGAGCCUUCGCCGCCGACUGCAGCCCAGAUCAGAUACGUUUUGUUUCACAACGCCAUCCCCUUUGUCGGAUUUGGUUUCCUUGACAACGCCAUCAUGAUAGCCGCAGGAACACAGAUUGAACUUUCCAUCGGCGUCACUCUGGGAAUCUCCACCAUGGCUGCCGCGGCUCUGGGGAACCUGGUCUCGGAUUUGGCAGGUCUUGGUCUGGCAGGUUAUGUGGAGGCUCUGGCUUCCAGACUGGGCAUGCAGGUUCCUGAUCUGACACCCAAACAGGUGGACAUGUGGCAGACCAGGCUCAGCUCCCACAUGGGUAAAGCCAUCGGCGUGUCCAUCGGCUGCAUCUUGGGGAUGUUCCCGCUGCUGUUCCUGGGCGAUGAUGAUGAGGAAGAGGAGGAGCAGAAAGAAGCAGGACAGUCUUCCUAACGGGCCACUGCAGCUGCACAGCACAGCUCACCUGCACACACACCAGGUGUUUACAGCUGGAUGUUUGUGUGCAGCGUUCACACGUCCUCAGUCUCCAAAGCCUUUUCGGUAAACUUCACACCCUUUUUCAGCUGCUUCUGAUUGGCUGUGGUAUUUCCACAACACACUCCAUCCGUUAGUCCAACAUGUCAGUUAGACUGGAGGCCUCACGUUCUGUCACUUUAAGUGUUUACUUGUUGUUUUACCCUCAGUGUGUUUACCUCUAAUGUUUUAAUGCAUCAAGCAGAGCAUAACGUUUGUUUAUUUCUUUUUGUUUGUGGGGAACAAAGUGUUUCAGUGCAAAGUGACAAAAAGCUUCUGACAAUCUUUAACUAUGAAAUCGUUCAGAAAGUUCAAAGCACUACGAAGUAAUUACAGUCGAGCUAUAAAUCUGUAAAUAUUUUAUGUUUGCUGACUUCAGCUGAGGUUGAGGUGGUGAAAAUGGAUGAGCGAGCUGCUUAUGGAUCAGCUUUUGGCAGUAAAGAGGAAGUUGCACAGUCUCCCUGGAAAAGAGGAGAAGGUUAGCGCGUUUACCUGCGUGUCGUGUUUCCACCGCAGCCAAUCAGAGCUCGUCUCCCUCACAGGUCGGUAAGCUCCCACGCAGCCGUGCGGAGCCUGAGACGACCGUCCGUCUUGGCCCCACUUUGAGGUGUUGUGUUGUUAUUUCUACACCAGAUGGUUUUUAAAAGGCAGGAGAACCUCGAGACUCCGAUGUUUGCUUUCUUUGUGUGAUUCUGUUUUUGUUUUCCUCUCACAGACUCUUGACUUGGUUCAGCCGUCUGUGUGAUUAGUUUUCGUAGCUCGCGUUUCAUCGGACUCGAGGCUCCAGAUGGGAUUUAACAUCUGAGACUGUGGAGUCCAAAACAAACCGUUUGGGACUCCACAGUCCAGUUGUUUCCAGUGAUCUGAUCUUAAUCUCCCUCCCUCUCAGCUGAUCCUGAACUGCGAUUUCAUUGUGUCAUUUGAAUAAACGAGUUCAAGGCCUUUUUAGCUCGAGUCUCGCGGCUGAUGCUUCGACCUGGCGAAACGUUUGCGUGAAGCAGGAGUUUCCUGUGCGCUCUGCCCAUCAGGCUGUGCUCACCUCAGCAGCAGCAGCUCUCAGUCUGCAUUGUGUGUCCUGCACACUAAAGUUGAUGCAGGAGACGACAACACGUGAAGCCGCCGAACUUCACUGCUCACAUCCAGUCGUUAUCGAUUAAUCGGUUUAAUCUAAAGAUGCUCGACUGAAAAUGAUAAAAGUUACACGUUUUAGAAGCUGGAACUGGACGACAUUUGCUGCCUCGGUUGAACACUGAUUCUUAAAAUAGCACACGAACGUUCACACUACAGUCUGCACAGGUCAGAACAUGUAUGGAAGGAGAACCGAGUUCAUUGUGUGUGCUGAGAAGUUUACAAAAUUGCCAAAACUUUGCUAAAGUCCUGUAAUGAUGAUUGAUUUAGCUGCUUUUAAAUCCUGCUGUUAUUUAGCGCUUUCAGACGUUUACACUGAGCUCAAAUCCUUCCGCAUCCUCAAAUCAAAAGGAUUUAAAGUCCGUGGAAGAUAAACAGUAGAAGCUGUGAGCUGAGGCCGACGGCUGACAGAAAUGUUUGAACAAUAUUUUAAUGAGUGUUUUUCGUUGGAUUAACCGUCACAGAGCAGCACAGCAUCCUGUCAGUGAGGAGUCACUAAUUAAGUAAUAAUAAAUGAUUUGUUUUCAGGAUGAUUUCUGUGACCGUGGACUGUCUGGCCUUUCAUGUUUUUGUAUCAUCUCAUGUUAAUAUGGUGUUUCUAUAUUUUUCCAAGACGAUGAGGGUUUCCUUCAGGUCUGUGUGGGGACUUUGCAUGCUUUAAUUUACUCAAGAUGAAAAGACAAAAGAGGUUUUGAAGCGUAUGAACAAAAGUGUGUCAUGUCUUCGUGUCAUCAGUUGCAGGGAUGCUGCGUCCUGCUGCCACCUAGUGGACAGUGUGGAACAGCAGCAGCUGCUGUGCACUGAUUCAUGUACUGUGUGUACUACAAAAGCAGUGAUGAUGAAGGAUGAAGGCUGCAACACAACCUGCAGUGUAAACCAAUAAAGUCUGGCUCUGCUGUA